GAAAAUAUUAUUAAUUGGACAGUAAAAUGAAAGCCAUCACCGUUUGCCUUUUGGUUCUGGUUUCGGCCACCUGUCUGCUGACCACGCGGGCCAAUGCAAUAGAAUUGCUGGAGAACGAGAACUUCGACUAUGAUUUCGACUUUGAAUCGGAAUUGGAGCAGUUGCUGGAUGAACUGGACAAUGACACUGACUACAUGGAUGUGGAGGCACAGGGCUUUAUUAGAACAUGCCUUAAAAUCCUUCGCAAGGCAUUGAAAACGGUUCGAGGCACCAACUGUAUUAUCAAGGAGGUGACAAACAUCCUUAGUUCAUGCACCAGCUAUGUGGAUGCUAUUGAUGCCUGUGGCACUGCCAUUCCCAAGGAUGUGGCCAAGAUUGUGGACUCCGUUAAGGAGAUUAUCAAAAUCUGCGACGAUAUUUUGCAUCUGCAUUCGAAACUUUGUGCCACGGAUAAGUCCGUGGGCUCGUCCAUCAAAAACUCGGCCAAAUGCUUCUGGAAAUUGUUCAAGGCAUCCAUGAGGCUGACCCGAAAGAUCAAUAAAACCCUAAAACUGAUUGCCAAAUUGCCAGCCGAUACCAGUUCCUGCUUCGUAAAUGCCACCAAUAAAGUUACAGCGUCCUUUAACUCUUUUCUGCCCAACAUUGAUGUCUGCAUCGAGUCUAUGUAAAUAUAUUAUUAUU